AUGCAGUCACAUGCCGCUGACGAAAACAGUAUCGCAACCAACCAGUCCAGGUCACUACCGCCAGCAGAGGAAAACUGGAAGCCUCAACCCCAAAGAAACAGCGCAAACAACAUAAUUACGCCUGUGACACCUAUCAACAAUUCGCUUCCUGAAAAGGAGCGUCAGAAUAUUGCUGAGCGGCUUCUGAGAGUAAUGUGUGCUGAUCUUGGAGCCUUGAGCGUUCUCAACGGGAAAGACUUCUUCAAGCUGGCACAAACACUCGUUGACACUGGAGCUCGCUAUGGAGCAUUUUCUAUAAAUGAAAUCCUGGGAAAUAUGAACAGCCUGGCCAUGAAACAUUUACCACGAAUGUACAACCAAGUGAAAGUAAAAGUGACCUGUGCCCUAGGGGGGAACGUCUGCUUAGGGAUUGGGGUGACUUGCCACUCACAGAGCGUUGGUUCUGACUCUUGCUAUGUGCUCACUGCAUAUCAAGCAGAAGGGCAUCAGAUAAAACGUUAUGUCUUGGGAAUUAAAGACACAGACAAUAGAGACAGUGGAGAAUUUAUCCAUCAGUGGGUACAGAAUGUACUCUCCGAGUUUGUCAUGUCAGAAAUCAGGACUGUUUAUGUCACAGACUGCAAAGUAAAUUCUUCAGCUUUCUCCAAGGUUGGGACUUGCCUACGUUGCUCUGCAUGUUCUUUAAACUCUGUGGUACAAAGUGUGUUAAACAAACGCACCUUGCAGGCCCGCAAUAUGCACGAGGUCAUAGAGCUUUUGAAUGUCACAGAAGAGCUGGCUGGAACUGCUGGUAUAGUUAAAGAAACAUUUGGCUCCCUUGAGGAAAGCUCCCCCCCUCCCUGUUGGAAUUCUGUGACGGACUCCCUGUUGCUCGUUCAUGAGCGGUAUGAGCAAAUCUGUGAAUUUUAUAGCCGGGCAAAAAAGUUGAACAUUAUCCAAAACCUGAACAAGCAUCUACUGAGCAAUUUAGCCGCCAUACUGGCCCCUGUGAAACAAGCUGUCAUUGACCUUAGCAACGAGCGUAAACCAACCCUACAGCUUGUGCUGCCUACCUAUGUUAAGUUGGAGAAGCUCUUCACCUCAAAAGCAAAUGACGCAGGGGUCAUAAGCAAACUGUGCCACCUCUUUCUCGAAGCUUUAAAGGAGAACUUCAAGGUUGAGUCUGCACACAAAGUUGCCAUGAUUCUGGACCCUCAACAGAAACUGCGGCCUGUCCCUCCUUACCAACACGAGGAAAUCAUUACUAAAGUCUGUGAAUUAAUUAAUGAGGUCAGGGAUGGAGUAGAAGAGACAGAGUUCGUGGUUCCUCCUAAAAAAGCUAGACAAUCUUCAGAGUCAACCAAAGUUCAGGAUGAUGACCGAAUGGGGAAGAAUGAAGUCUAUGACUAUUUACAGGAGCCCCUUUUUCAAGUGACCCCUGACCUUUUCCAUUUUUGGUCAUCUGUAACCCAAAAACACACAAGACUUUCCAAGCUCGCCUUCUGGUUGUUGGCCGUUCCAGCUGUCGGAGCACGAAGCGAGUGUGUAAAUAUGUGUGAGCAGACCAUGCUUAUUAAAAAACGAAGACUUCUUAGCCCAGAAGACCUAAAUAAAGUCAUGUUUCUUAAAUCUAAUAUGCUUUAA